AUGUCAGUGAAGAGCAAGAAACACAGUGUGGUGCAACUCAUAAAAACCCACUGCAAUCAGCUCAUCAGUCAGCUCGCGAGUGACUACCUGUUCAAACUUCUUCUGAUCGGAGACUCUGGAGUUGGAAAGUCAUGUCUGUUGCUGCGCUUUGCGGAUGACACGUACACUGAGAGCUACAUCUCUACCAUUGGAGUCGACUUCAAGAUCAGGACCAUCGACAUGGACGGCAAGACGGUGAAACUACAGAUUUGGGACACAGCGGGUCAAGAGAGGUUUCGAACCAUCACCUCCAGCUACUACAGGGGAGCUCACGGCAUCAUCAUCGUCUACGACUGCACCGAGCAGGAGUCCUUUCACAAUGUGAAGCAGUGGUUGGACGAGAUCGAUCGUUACGCCUGCGAAAACGUCUCCAGGCUGCUGGUGGGAAACAAGUCUGACCUUGUUAGCAAGAAAGUGGUGGACGCAGCCACUGCUCAGGAUCUGGCCUCUUCUCUUAAGAUCCCCUUCCUGGAGACAAGUGCUAAGAGCUCUGAUAACGUGGAGAGGGCUUUCCUCACCAUGGCCUCUGAGAUCCAUCAUCGCCUGAAAAGCGAGGGAGGGGGGAUGCAGCGCGAGUCGACGGAGGCCAGGGCCCAGAGCGCCAAGAUCAACAGCGCCCCUCUGUGGCUGGGAGGGGAGAAACAGACACAGGAAGCCAGUAACUGCUGCUGAGUAGGAGAUGAUGUCGUGCUGACUUGACUUGAGUAAAUACACCCUUCAAAAAGAGAGAGAUGUGUCAUUUUCAACACAUCUGACUGUCUAGUUCCAGGACUAUGCGACUGUGGUUUUGACACAUGCAGAUUGUCAGAAAUGCUUUUUGCAUCUUUGAAAUUAAAGUAAAAAACCCAAAAUGUGACUUUUCAGGAAGAAAAACAUGUUUUUAGCUUGACGACGAUAUAUUUUUGAUCUUGUAAUUUUUGAAUUAAAUAUAUUAUUAUGGCAUUUCUGCUUUAUUGAAGAGCAGAAACAAACAGGACGUAACAUUUUAACACUCAAAGCCAAAUAAACCCUAAGAAAACUGUGGGUGACAAGGUUUGGGGAGAGUUUUAUAAAUCCAUUUACAGUAUGACUACACAAACACAAGAUACAUGUUGUAAACUCCAAAAAGUAGAGUUAAAAAUUUGUCAUGUAAAAUUAGAAAUAUUUCAAAAAUAGUUGAUAUUCACACAGUGAAGGAAGAGAGUUUUACCCCAAAAUAUGAUAUUAGUUGUUUGAAACCAAAUGAGCUGCUGAAUGUGUGAUGUGAUGUCAGUUUACAUCACUUCCCUCAGAGGUGAUUUAUUGUAUUUACCCGAUUUUUGUUGUGUUUUGCUUGUUGUUUGUUGUCAAUAAAGAUAUUGUAAAAGUCUUCAUGCUGAAAAUUGAA